AUGCCUACCAUCCAAAACGUAGCGAUCCUAGGUGCGUCUGGGAAUGUGGGCGACGUGGUCAUUCCAAAGCUCCUCUCUGAAGGAUACACCCUCACCAUCGUUCUUCGUCCGGAUUCCAAACCAUUCAACCUCAAUGGCAUCGAUGUUGAGCAUAUCCGCAUCGAGACUGCCUCAUACUCGGACGUUGAGUCCAUGACCGCCGUCUUCAACGGCCAACACGCCGUGAUAGAGGCUUUCAAUCCUGCCGCCCAGGUUCACCAACGAUCCAUCGUCAAGGCAGCUCUGGCUGCCGGCGUGGCCCACCUCCUCACGCCUGACUUUACGAUCGAUAGAUUCGGCCCACAUAUCGAGGAGAUCCCCAUAUUCAACCCCAAGCUUCGCGCUCAACGAGAGUUGGAAGAAGCCAUCGAGGAAGCUCAGAGCGAAGCUCGCAAACACGGCCGCCCGGAGCCACAAUUGACGUGGACGUCUGUACUCACUAGCCUCUGGUACGACUGGUCCAUCGACGCGGGCUUCUCCAUGAUCAACAAGGAAAAGCGCACGAUUACCCGCUACGGGUCUGGAAACCAGCGCCUCAGUCUGACCCGACAGGAACGGUGUGGCGAUUAUGUGGUCGCAAUUCUUCGGAACCCAGAGCGGUACCGGAACCGGCCUGCGUACUUCGCAAGUACUACCAUCGCGGUCAACGAGCUCAUCGCGCUCGUCCGAGAGCUUGCGGGCGCUGAUGAUGAGUGGAGCGUUCGCGACGUUCCCCUAGAGCCGCAGAGGCAAGCGGCGUUCAAGCUCUGGGACGAAGACUAG